CUGAUGGCAGAUACAUGUGGUAUACGAAAAAAGUUUGUGGAUAAAUUCUUAUCUGUAAUAAUUUUGCCGACAUUCUUUGCGGUGAUAUUAAUGGUUAUAACUUAUUAUUAUGGAGUAACUUUCCGAAUAAAUGGCUGGCCCAAAUAUAUAAUCACUCCAGCGGGGGAGGCGAGUGCAGGGGCGGUAGGAGUUACAGGUGUUGCGAGCGCUACACCUGGAGCAACUGCGACUAGUCCUGGAGCUGCCAGCGUUGCUGCUACAACUGGAGCGGUUCCUGCUGGCGUGGCUACGGCGACGGGAGGCUUAUCACUCGUUUCGCCUGUCGCCCCGACACCAGACAUGCCAGAUGUUCUUACUUGUCCACGGCGACCUAACUUGGGUCAUGAAGGCCGUCCUAUUAUGCUUCGUGCCAAUCAUUUUCAAAUAUCCAUGCCUAGAGGAUUUGUACAUCACUAUGAUGUAAAUAUACAACCAGAUAAAUGUCCAAGAAAGGUCAAUAGAGACAUUGUUGACACUAUGGUACAUUGUUAUAACAAAAUAUUUGGUACUUUAAAACCAGUAUUUGACGGUAGAAAUAAUUUAUACACAAGAGAUCCUCUCCCAAUUGGUAAUGAUAGAGUUGAAUUAGAAGUCAUUUUGCCAGGAGAAGGUAAAGAUAGAGUGUUUCGAGUGACUAUUAAAUGGGUUGCGCAGGUGUCAUUAUUUGCUUUAGAAGAGGCACUAGAAGGUCGGACAAGACAGAUACCUUAUGAUGCAAUACUUGCUUUAGAUGUUGUGAUGAGACAUUUACCCUCCAUGAUGUAUACACCAGUAGGCAGAUCAUUUUUUUCAUCACCGGAAGGAUACUAUCAUCCACUUGGUGGAGGUCGUGAAGUAUGGUUUGGUUUCCACCAGUCUGUUAGACCCAGUCAAUGGAAAAUGAUGUUGAACAUAGAUGUGUCGGCAACUGCAUUUUACAAAGCUCAGCCAGUUAUAGAAUUUAUGUGUGAAGUGUUGGAUAUAAGGGAUGUAAAUGACCAAAGAAAACCAUUGACAGACUCUCAAAGAGUUAAGUUUACAAAAGAAAUAAAAGGCCUCAAGAUUGAAAUUACUCAUUGUGGUACAAUGAAACGAAAGUACAGAGUUUGUAAUGUGACAAGAAGACCUGCUCAAAUGCAAUCAUUUCCAUUACAAUUAGAAAAUGGACAAACAGUUGAAUGUACUGUAGCUAAAUACUUCCUAGAUAAAUAUAAAAUGAAGCUAAGAUACCCACAUUUGCCAUGUCUACAAGUUGGGCAGGAACAUAAACACACAUACUUACCCUUAGAAGUAUGUAAUAUUGUGCCUGGCCAAAGAUGUAUAAAGAAACUGACUGAUAUGCAGACAUCCACCAUGAUUAAGGCCACAGCUCGUUCAGCUCCUGACAGAGAGCGUGAAAUUAACAAUUUGGUUCGACGUGCGAACUUCAACACUGACCUUUACGUGAAAGAGUUUGGUCUGACAAUAUCGAAUAACAUGAUGGAGGUACGAGGGCGCGUAUUGCCUUCGCCCAAAUUGCAAUAUGGAGGGCGUGUGUCAUCUCUAGGAGGACAACAAGCAUUGCCCAACCAAGGUGUUUGGGAUAUGCGAGGAAAACAGUUCUUUAUGGGUGUCGAGAUACGGGUCUGGGCGAUUGCUUGCUUUGCCCCGCAGAGAACUGUCCGUGAGGAUGCACUUAAGAACUUCACUCAACAACUACAGAGAAUAUCGAAUGACGCAGGAAUGCCAAUAAUAGGCCAGCCGUGUUUCUGCAAGUACGCAACAGGUCCUGACCAAGUGGAACCAAUGUUUAAAUACCUUAAAUCGACAUUUGUACAGUUACAGCUGGUUGUUGUAGUGUUGCCAGGCAAAACACCCGUUUACGCCGAAGUGAAGCGAGUCGGUGAUACAGUACUGGGCAUGGCCACUCAAUGCGUUCAGGCCAAGAACGUGAACAAAACCUCUCCACAGACAUUAAGCAAUCUUUGUCUCAAGAUCAACGUUAAACUUGGUGGCAUAAACUCCAUAUUAGUGCCUUCCAUACGUCCUAAAGUAUUCAACGAGCCGGUAAUAUUCCUUGGGGUAGAUGUGACACAUCCACCGGCUGGUGAUAAUAAGAAGCCGUCCAUUGCGGCAGUGGUGGGUUCAAUGGACGCCCAUCCCUCGAGAUACGCCGCAACUGUGAGAGUGCAACAACACAGUGAGAAUGACAGGCAGGAAAUCGUUCACGAGCUGAGCAGUAUGGUACAAGAAUUGCUGUUAAUGUUCUACAAGAGCACCGGUGGUUUCAAGCCUCAUAGGAUCAUUAUGUACCGAGACGGGAUCUCUGAGGGACAAUUCAUACAUGUUUUGCAGCAUGAGCUUACGGCUGUGAGAGAGGCUUGUAUCAAGCUCGAGGCGGAAUAUAAGCCUGGUAUCACAUUCAUAGUCGUACAGAAGCGGCACCAUACGCGUCUGUUUUGUGCGGAUAAGCGAGAGCAGUCGGGCAAAUCCGGAAACAUUCCGGCCGGAACUACUGUCGACCUGGGCAUUACACACCCUACUGAGUUCGACUUUUAUCUGUGCAGUCACCAGGGCAUACAGGGUACAUCCCGUCCAUCCCACUACCACGUGCUAUGGGACGACAAUCACUUCGGUUCCGAUGAGUUGCAAUGUCUGACGUACCAAUUGUGCCACACGUACGUGCGUUGUACGCGCUCCGUGUCGAUCCCCGCGCCCGCGUACUACGCACACCUCGUCGCCUUCCGCGCGCGAUACCACUUGGUCGAGAAGGAACACGAUUCGGGCGAAGGCAGCCACCAGUCCGCCUGUAGCGAGGAUAGGACCCCCGGAGCCAUGGCGAGAGCUAUCACCGUGCACGCGGCCACCAAAAAGGUCAUGUACUUCGCUUAGUAUGUCAAGUCGUACAGGGGAUUGCGGCCGCUACAAACAUAUAUCGGAAAUGUGAACAGCGAAAAUGCUUUAAACUUAUGUCUGUUUAUAAUGAGAACUAAGUAAACACUUGUGUAAAAUCUGUGUCAAUAGUUUGUGUAAAAUUUAGUUUUGCGUAUCACCACCAGAGGCGCUGUAAGAUUUGUGUAUGAAAAAUGUAAUAUUGCCUCUUUUUUAGCAGUGUUUUUGUGACGUUUAGUACGUCUCUCAUGAAUCAUAAUCGUUUGGUACUAUUUCAAAGGUCAUACCGUUUUUUUAAAUUUUGCGUUUAAGCGUGCAGUACUCAGGUAACGAUAGCCCGUAAUCAUCCAACUGAUUUUAAAGAACAACACAAACGAAAACGAGUUAUUUUCUAUUACAUAAUAUGACAUAUUUUUUGAAUAUAA